AAUCAGGAGAGAACCGGGAGGAACCGGAAAACUUCAAAAACAAAGCAGAGACUUCGAUCUAUGCAACCGCCGGUUGUUUCUUCUGUCGGAUUCUGUCGUCUGCUUCCGUCCUUUGUUACCGUUUUUGUUGAUAUCAGAUUCACCUUAUGAGCUGCUUUGGCAAGCUGCGUUGUUCCUCCAAUCUCAGCCGCCUCAUCGCCGGCCUUUUGAUUUUCAUUCUUUAUCACUCUUUUCAGUUAAUUUCCAAUUUCCCGAUUCCUAUACACCGGUAAUUCUGUCUAUUUCCAGUCCGUUUGUUCAAUCAUCUGGUUUUCUCUGAUUUCUCCGGCGAUGGAUUCCGAUUCCGACGAUUCCUUCUCCAACAAUCUGCUCAGUGGAACUGUCUCCUCGCUGACCGAGAGGCAGAACAGUUCGAUUCCUACUGUCAUUGUAAUUGGUGGUGGGAUUUCAGGGCUCGCUGCUGCACGAAUUCUCCAUGAUGCGUCUUUUAAGGUUAUAUUGCUGGAAUCACGAGAUAGAAUUGGCGGUCGAAUCCAUACGGAUUACUCUUUUGGUUGCCCAGUAGAUAUGGGAGCGUCAUGGCUACAUGGUGUCUGUAAUGAGAACCCCUUGGCUCCAUUAAUACGCUCUCUAGGGCUUACUUUGUAUCGUACUAGUGGUGACGAUUCUGUGUUGUAUGACCAUGAUCUGGAAAGUUAUAUGCUCUUUGAUAUGGCUGGCCAUAAAGUUCCACAACAAAUUGUCAUUGAAGUUGAGGAUGUAUUCAAGAGAAUUCUCAAAGAGACAGAAAAGGUUAGGGAUGAGCAUACUAAUGAUAUGUCUGUACUUCAAGCAAUAUCAAUUGUUUUAGAUAAGCAUCCUGAAUUAAGACAAGAAGGACUUGCCUAUGAAGUGCUGCAGUGGUACAUAUGCAGAAUGGAAGCUUGGUUUGCUGCAGAUGCAGAUAUGAUAUCCCUGAAAUGCUGGGAUCAGGAGCGUGUUCUUUCUGGUGGUCAUGGACUUAUGUUGCAAGGUUAUGAUCCUGUUAUAAAGUCUCUUGCAAAAGAUAUUGAUAUCCGCUUGAAUAGUAGGGUUGCAAGAAUAUCCAAUGGCUGUAAUAAGGUGGUGAUCAUGGUGGAAGAUGGAAUGAGCUUUGUUGCGAAUGCUGCUAUUAUAACAGUACCCCUUGGGAUUCUUAAAGCAAAUUUAAUUCAGUUUGAACCAAAAUUGCCUGAGUGGAAGGUUUCUGCAAUUUCAGAUAUUGGUGUAGGCAAUGAAAACAAGAUUGCCUUACGGUUUGACAAAGUCUUUUGGCCAAAUGUGGAGCUCUUAGGCACAGUUGCGCCCACUUCUUAUACUUGUGGUUAUUUUCUCAAUCUUCACAAGGCAACAGGACAUCCUGUCCUUGUCUAUAUGGCUGCUGGAAGAUUUGCUUAUGAUCUUGAGAAGCAAUCUGAUGAGUCUGCUGUAAAUUUGGUGAUGUUACAGCUGAAGAAGAUGUUUCCUGAUGCAACUGAGCCGGUUCAGUAUCUUGUGUCACACUGGGGAACAGACCCCAACUCACUUGGUAGCUACUCAUAUGACCCAGUUGGUUUGACUGCAGAUUUGUACGAGAGGCUUCGAGCUCCCUUGGGUAAUCUAUUUUUCGGAGGGGAAGCUGCCAGUGUGGACCACCAGGGAUCUGUUCAUGGAGCUUACUCCGCUGGAGUCAUGGCUGCUGAAAACUGUCAGAUGCAUUUGUUACAGAGGCUAGGUAACCUGGAGAAGCUCCAGCUACUCUCUUGCAGGCAUGAAAUUUUAGAAUCUACAUUUCCCCUCCAAAUCUCUAGGAUGUAGACGCUUCUGAUCUAAAUAAGUAUCAAUCCCUUUGAAUACUAGUCAGUAUUUGAAUAAGUUAUUAUUUUUUAUGAACUAGUGGAGAAAAUGGUUAUGGUGGACCCACUUUUUUUUCUUUUUCUUUUUUUUUUCACUUUAUUAGCAGAAAUUUUAUAUUUAUUGCAAAGGAAGGAAUUGAAAGAGGAUGAGCAUGAAUGGGUCCUAUCAUAUCUCCUGAUGUUCAACUUGCUUCUACCCUCAAUAAUGGGCAUCCUAUGAC